AUGGCAGAAGGGACCCCAGUAAGGGAUCAUGUUGUGAAUAUGAUUGGUUUUCUCAAUGAGCUAGAGAUCCUUGGAGCUGAAAGCGAUGGGGAAUCCGAAGUUGAUAUCGUUCUCCAGUCGCUGCUUGACUCUUUCAAGAAGUUUUUCCUCAACUACAACAUGAAUAAACUCUUUUACUCAUUAGUAGAACUACUUAAAGAGCUUCAAGCAACUGAGGACCUCAUUAGGAAGCCAACUAUUGCUCAUAUGACUGAGAAAUAUACAAGUAGCUCUGAUGAUGAAUCAAGUAACCAAGAGGUUUCUUAUAUGGCAUGGGACAACGAUGAAGAACAUUGUUCCUCAUCCAAAUCAGAUAAUGAAUAUGACAGUGGUUCAUCUAAUGAAUCUGAUGAUAAUGAGAAUAUGUCAUCUUAUGAAGAACUAUAA